UGCAUGGACGAUGCCAACCCAAAAAGAUCGAGCGACGACCAUCGUGGUUUAUAAUAACGAGCAAAUUGAUCAGGAGAAUAGUGAAUAGUUUGACCAUGGCGACGGCAAUGACUGUGGACCCAUCUGUAGCGCAACCAGCAGCGGUUGCCACAGCUUCGGGAUGGAUUGCCCUGUUGCAAGAGAGCGAUCCGACGCUCAAAUCGCAUGCUCUGAAAAAGCUGUUGGAAUGCGUGGAUACACUCUGGCACGAAGUCGCCGAGUGCUUGCCCGACUUGGAAGCCAUUGCCGAAGAUGCGGACGGAUGUCCCUUGGAAAUGAGACAACGCGCCGCUGCCGUGGCUUCGCGUGUCUUUUUCCAUUUGGAGGAACCCACUCAGGCGUUGCGGUUGGCUCUGGAUGCAGGGGAAGGACAUUUUGAUGUCCAACAAGCGACACCCUACGUCGAACGGCUCGUCGCGGCGGCCUUGGAUGCCUACUGCUUGGAGCGACGGAAAAUGUUGAACGAUGAUGAAGAACCCAGAACUUCGGCUCCCAUGGGCAAACGACCCUCCCAGAUUCUGGCGGCGGGAGAAGUUGGUCUUCCCAUGGACCAGCUGCAAGCCCUGGUUCAUCGUCUAUUGGAGAGCUGCUGUGCUGCCGGAAAAUUCGAUCAUGCCUUGGGAAUUGCCUUGGAGGCGCGAGAAACUGAAAAAGUCAGGGAUGUCUUGCAGGCCAGCAAGCUCGACUCGGGGCUCUUAAAGUACGCCCUCUCGUCGUGUGUCAAAGUCGUUCAAUCCAAAGGCUUUCGUCAAGAAGCUAUGGCGGUGAUUGCAGAGUGUCUGCAAAAGCAAUUUGAUGGCGGAAACUCGCUCGCUGCAUACGACCUCAUUCUCGUCCAUCAGUUGUUGGGGCAACCCAAUCCUGUGGCUCAGGUCCUGACCGGACUCAUCCAAGGAUCCGAAGAAAGUUCGCUCUUGGCGUUGCAGCUUUGCUUUGAUUUGAUGGACAGUGGUGAUCAGGCAUUUGUCAACAGUGUGGCCAAGAAAAUGAAAGAGGCCGGAGACCAAGACAAGGAGGACCUCAAGGAGCGCUGGGAGAGAACUGAAAAGGUCCUCACGGGAGGAUUCCCUUCCGAAUUGGCACUCUCGUUUUUGCACAAACACUCCAAGGCAGAUCGAUUGAUUAUGGAAAAUCUCAAAAAGUCAUUGGAGGAACGAGGCAGUGGCGGUCGAAGCUCUGUGUUGCACAAUGCUGCCGUCAUGACUCACAGCUAUCUUUACGCCGGGACUACUAAUGAUUCGUUCCUCAGGGACUACUUGGAUUGGAUGAAGAAAGCUUCCAACUGGGCCAAGUUUUCCGCCACAGCUUCGCUCGGAGUCAUCCACGCGUCGCAUGUAACAGAAGCUAUGCACUUGUUACAACCGUAUCUUCCUGCCAACCCGAAUGGUGAUGGAGACGGCGAUGGUGGCGGCACACCCGUCUCUCCAUCGGGUGGUUACGCCGAGGGAGGCUCCCUUUAUGCUCUCGGCCUUAUCCAUGGAUCACAAACAGGAACUUCCACCGAGAAGAGAGAAGAGACCAUUCAAUUCCUGCGUGCUCACCUUCGAGCCUCUCACGCCAAUGAAGUCAUCAGUCAUGGAGCGGCGCUUGGAGUGGGUUUGACGGCUUUGGGAUCUUCCAAUUUGGCCAUUGUCAACGAAUUGAAAGAAGUCUUGGACACAGACUCAGCCGUUGCGGGCGAGGCUGCUGGAAUUGCCAUUGGGAUGGUGCUUGUUGGUUCCGGAGCUGGAAAUGUCCACAAUUCACUACCGGCGGCGGACAAGGAAGAACUCAUGGAGGUUGUCUCGGAGCUGAAGAACUACGCUCGUGAAACCCAGCACGAAAAGAUCAUUCGUGGAAUUUCGAUGGGUCUAGCUCUAAUGAACUACGGACAGGAGGAAAACGCAGAUGCUCUGAUUGAGGAAAUGCGCAGUGACCGUGAUCCCGUUCUGCGAUAUGGAGCCCAAUAUGCCCUGGCUCUGGCGUACUGUGGUACGGGAUCCAACAAGGCAAUUCGCAUUCUUCUGCACACGGCUGUUAGUGAUGUCAGUGACGACGUUCGAAUGGCGUCUGUGAUUGGACUGGCAUUUGUUCUGUACAAGACCCCUGAGCGUGUGCCUCUGUUGGUCAAGCUGUUGUUGGAGAGUUUCAACCCUCAUGUCCGUUAUGCCAGUUGUAUUGCCGUCGGUAUUGCCAUGGCGGGUACAGGCGACUCGGAGAGUGUGUCCAUGUUGGAGCCGAUCUUGGACGAUAUGACUGAUUACGUUCGUCAGGGUGCCUUGGUCGGAACGGCACUUAUCUAUAUGCAACAAAGCGAUACCUCCAACAGUCGAAAGAUUCGUUCCUUCCGAGAGCGUCUCUCCAACAUAAUUGGAGAAAAGCAUCAAAGCACAUUAACCAAAAUGGGAGCCAUCAUUUCCACAGGUAUCAUUGAUGCGGGAGGACGUAACUGUUCUCUGUCCCUUGGGUCCAAGAAUGGUUUCACGAAAAUGCUGAGUGCCGUUGGUGUGACGCUUUGGCUCCAGCACUGGCACUGGUACCCCAUGAUGCACAUGUUCAGCCUGGCUCUUACGCCAACUUACACAAUCGGAUUGAACAAGGACUUCAAUUAUCCCAAGAAGUACGAGAUCAACUGCAAGUCCAAGCCUAGCGUGUUUGCCUAUCCAAAGAAGCUGGAAGAAAAGAAAGAAGAGAAGAAGAAGCGAGUAGAGACAGUGACUCUGUCCACCACAGCAAAGGAAAAGGCUCGUCAAGCGCGAAGGCGUGCCAAGGAAGGCGACAAGGGGGAUUCUGCAAUGGAUAUUGAUGCCAGUACUAAGGACGACGAGGGGAAGGGCGAAGACAAGGAAAAGAAGGAAGGCGACGCCAUGGAUGUGGAUGCCAAGGCUGAGGAGACUGUGGAGAAGCCCAAAAAGAAGAAGCGAGAGCCAGAGCCGACCUCUUUCCGCAUUGGCAAUCCAGCCAGAAUCACCAUUGCGCAGUCGGAGGUGUGUGAAUUUGAUUUGGAUCAACGCUAUCGUCCUGUUCGAUCCGAGGAGAAGCCCUUUGGUGUAAUCAUCCUCACAGACAGCACGCCCGGAGAGGAGGAAGAUCUGGGCGCUGUCAAAGCUCCAUCGUUGGAACCGGAGGGCGAAACAGCGCCACCAGAACCUUUCGAAUGGGUCCCUCCCCCUGUUUCCUCUUCGGACGGUGCCACGGCGAUGGACACAACAACCGAUGCUGCUGAUGACAAGCCGAAGGAAGAAUCCGCAGAGAGCAAAUCCGACUAGCCAUAACUCAAUCUAAUCCCACUAGUAUCCCAAAGUUUGGAAUUGCAUGGUAGAAUUCAAAAAUAGAUUGCUCUAUAGAAUAAGUCUAGAGUUGUACAUGUCAUGUCAAUUGGGCUGUGUCGCUGCCGUACUCUGAGGAGUUUCGAGUCCAAGCUUCCGGAAAAUCGCGUCGCCUGUUAUCUUUUUGGUUUUGGUUUCAUUCAGGUGUAUAGUACCUGGUACUCAAUCAGCAACGCCCCCACCAUAUCGAGUUGUCGCUUUUUCUCUCGCAUCCGUGAAGCCCCGGACGCCUGUCCCAAGCCUCUCAUGUCGACGUUACCAAGCGAUGGGGGCUGCCGUUGUCGUCGUUGUUGUUACUGUUGCCAUGGCCGCAAGGUGAAGCUCCAUCGGACAUGGAUCGAAGUAGCUCUCCCAGAUCAGAAUGAAUCAAUUGGUACUUCUUAGUCAAGUCUUGGCCCUGAGAUUUGAUCAUAACGUCUUGCUUGGUCAGCUCCUUCUUGAUUCGCUUGCUCUUCCCGUCAACCAGUCCUCGGAUAUCCAACGCUUUUGGAUGGACUGUCUCGUAGCAGCUAUCCUUUUUGGUUGCCGCAUGGUGACGCUUUAGGCCUGCUAGUCGUCGUAGCCUGUGUAUUGCGGGAUCUCGCAUGUCCAUCUGGAGCUGUUCCACGCUGACUGGGGCGUUAUCGUCUUCGGAAGCCUUGUCUCCCAUCCAGAAGCGUGCCGCUGUCAUCAUCGUCAAGCGAGGCACAGCGGCCUUCACACGCUGUUCGGCAUUGUCGUGUACCAUAGUCAUGAUUAUCUGCUGGUGUUGUUGUUGUUUGUUGCUAUUCUUUCUCUGUUGAUGUGUUCGGUAUUUGUUUGAUUUGUUUCGUUAUGGGUAGAUGAUGUCUUUCUCUCGCGGGUGAGAACUGGUGAUGUUUGUGAUUUCUUUGCUUCUCUUUUGAUUUCGCCGUUUUCUUUCGCGAACCCAAAUCACCGUCAUUGAUUGCCACGAUUGGGAUCGAUUCAUCAUUCCGUUCGAAUCUUGCAGGACUUUGGCUGGUUGCCCGUGCUCCUUCCUGACUUCAGAGUGCCGUAGAAGGGGUCGCUGGAGAGCUCGACUAACAAACAACAGAACCGCAAUCAUAAUCCAGGCUAAGAACGUUCGGGCUAAAUGGAUGUCACAGCUGCGUCUUCCGCAAUAUGUAGUCCCAUCUGGAGAGUGAAAUCAGGGCAACACAUGACUCAAAUUCCGAGCUCUGGCCAGGAAACCUGUUCUGCAUGCAUACAAGAGGCCAGCUCAAGUAUGAGAUUGCUGAUGCUGCUAGCUAGCCAGCUGUACUGCUAUGGUCAUCCUCUUUCUUGAUACGAUACGUGCUACUGGAAGUGGGUGAUUCUAUACAGCGCCGGUUUCUAUGUCACGGGCUGAUGAACCAGCCAGGCGCUUGAAUUGUUGCUAGGUAGCUAGUUAUUAGUCAUCAUCUUCAUCCUCCUCCUUCUUCAGCUUCAUCUCCUUCUUUUGCUUUUUGGCUUCUCGGGCCUCUUUACGCAGUCUUUUGGCCUCUCGCUUCCUCUCUCGCUCGGCUUUACGUUCAGCUUUGCUUUCUUUCUUGUCAGCAGAAGAGUCGCUGCUACCGCGUUUGCGUUUUGAUGCGGCAGGUUUUGCUUGCGCAUCGACAAUCAUCUCUUCUUCUUGUUCAGAAUCUUCUUCUUGCUUCAGAACCUUUCUUCGUUUAGGAGGUGAAGGGGUUUGCUGCUGUGCUUGUGCCGAUAAUGCCGACAAGAUGGAAGAUGCUGACAAGGCUCUGUUUCGCCGUUCUGCCUCUUUUUCCAUGAGUUGAGCUGCACCUUUGGCUCCCAUGGGUAUCCAUCUCCGUUUCAACCCAGUUUUCUGUGGCACAGUGUCAUAGGCUUUGCGAAGUUUGACAGUGGGUCCACCCGUUUGUGUGGUCGACACAUUGGGUGCUGGUGCUCGAUCACUUCCAGGAGCCAGCUGAGUGGCAGGCACUUCUUUCAAAAAUGAUACCAACUUUAGGUGCCGUUGGAAAGGAACAUUGGCAGGAAUCAAAGUGUUAUCUUUUUUCUUCUUUGCAGAUUGUUUUUUCUCCUCUUCAUCAUCAUCGCUGUCAUCACUACUGUCAUCUUCAUCACUGUCCACGGGUGCUUUCUUUCUAUUAUUAUUUCCUGGAUUCGGAACAAGUAGACGAAAGGAUUCGGUUUCUGCUGGAUUUCCCCAGCGCAGCGUGAAAGUUUCACCCUUUUUGUUUUUCAAGGAAUAGGGCUUGCCGUCAUCUGAACUGUCUCCAUCUUCAGGAGGAUUCAAGAUGCCUGCCCCAGUAGCACAGGCUGCUGGAGCCAUUGGGAUGGAAAUUUGGGUACCAUCCAAGGCAGACACUUGGACUGAUGUCGGCAAUCGUAUACUCCAGAGUUCAUAGCGGUCAGGAUCCAGUGAGACUCCAUUGUUUCCAUGGUGGCGGCUGGUACCGUUAGAUUCUUCAAGGGAAAAUGUAGGAGGAUCCAACCCAAGUGACUUUGGUGGAGUCUUCUUGGCAGAAGAUUUUGGUAUGGAUGCCGCCGAUCUUUUCGUUGAAGGCGUCUUGUCCCCUCUGGACUUUGCUGCUGGAGUGGACUUUUUGGAAGACUUUUUCUUGGCCGAGUCUGCACCCGGAGAAGAAGCAUCGGACACUGCCCUCGAUCUGCGUGUCUUGGAUCCAUUGACGACGACCAUGAUGGAUGAUCUGGCCGUUGGAAUGGCAAAGGUUCGGUUUGGAAAUUGGGGAUCUUUUCUGCAGAGACCUCCUAGAUUGUAAAGUAGACUAG